UAGCGAAGAGCCCAGGCGAUCGAGCUGAUGCUGAACAUUUCAAGCGUGAUUUUCGAAGAGCUGUUUGCCCUCAUGAAAUUCGCUCUGUACCUGAGCCACAACUGAUUAACGGCUUGUACUUGAAAGUACGUGUUAUUGCUUGAGAAAAGACAACUCUUUGGUCCGAAAAAGUUAUGCAGUAACUCGAUGUCGAUCGUGAUCAGUCCGCAGUGCGAGUGAACUGUGGUUACGCGGACAGGCUAGAGUGGGAACAAUGGCAGACAGGGUGCGCUAUAACAUAGCCUUCUUACUUUCCAAUCUAGAUGCAUCCGUGAUCUUGGAACUCUUGCUGGAGAAUGAUGUGCUGGACGUUGAUGAAUAUAAAACUGCCUCCAGCAAGGAGAACGUGAAGUCUGAUCUGACGAAGUACGUGGUGAGGUUGAUGCUAACGAAAACGGAGGAACAGGUGGAUUCGUUCCUGAGGCUCAUUCAGCACAGCCAGCCUCAUGUAGCUGAACAUGUUGCCAGUACCAUGGCGAAGCGACGCGAUGCAACUGCCAGUGGGAAAAGUGCCCGUCCAACGAAGCCAACGUCGGCAGAUGAUGAGUCAACACGUGGCUCGUCCUCCGGUAUCACCAUGACAACAGUUGGCAAACAGAAAACGCAGCCAUUGCAGCACACAGUGGGAGCUUGUCAGGCAGACCAACAACGGACGUCCAAUAGAUGUGAGCCAAUCUUCAAACAAACAACAUCAGCUGAAACAACCGCCAAUGUAACUAAAACGGGUGCAACAUCCAAUACAACAUUGACUACAACACAGGAUUCAACAAGAUCAACAACUUCAAGCCAGUCAUCUCUACCGGACAAAGACCGACACUUCACUGGCAGGAAUGACAUUGUUACAGAGAUCAGUCACAACAUUCUCACAACAAAGUCCAAGUCAUCACCUACACGAGUGCAGAGUCUUGUGGCACCAGCUGGUUUUGGUAAGACGUCCGUAGCCAUUGCUGUGGGACAUGUAUGUCGCAAUGCUGGUUGUCGUGUGGAGUUCUUUGACUUACGCGACAACGAAAUCAACUGA